AUGUCAUCUACUUUAAUUAAGACUAUACUUCGAUCCAUUAGUGCCCUUUUCUCAACACUUUAUUUGGCGCUUAUUAUCCUCACUAUCCCGCUUGCCUUUGAUGUCGGUGGUGUCAAUUGUGGUUUGGCCUUUUCGCUCACCACUUUAGUGAUAUAUUUUAUCUUGACAACAAUUAGACUUUUAUUUAGAAAAACAAAGUAUUUCAAGUGGGUGUCAAUAGUAUACUACAGCCAACACUUUUUCAUCCCUAGUUUGUUGACAUAUUUUCUAAGUUACCAUCGUCAAAAUCAACACUUUGAACAAGCAUGGAGUCCACUUGCAAUUUGGAAAUUUUUACUAGUUAAUUCAACUUUUGUUUUUACCGUAUUGGAAGGAUUCUGCUCCUUGUUACUUAUACAAGCCAUUGGACAAACUGUCAAUUGGCUAACAAGAUAUAAAUCAGAUUCUUGGUUGAUGAUAUCACUCAUCAGCAGUGCCUUGGUAGACACAGCUGCUUUUUACUUCUUAUACAGAAUUUACGUGUUUCCAUUCACUAUUGACAUUUUGAAUGCAUCCUUGUUAGGUUCUUUAUUAACAUUGACCAUUGGCUUGGGCUUGUUUGGAAUCGUUAGUGGAAAAGGCUCAAUGAUUGAAUCAUCCUUACUUUUUGCCUACAUUGUUCGAUGCAUCUACGAAACAUUCCCCUUGUUGUCCGAAGACGCCUCUCAAGCUUUAGCAAACUUGUUAACACUGGCUACUCAAAACGUGAGGAAGGAAAUACCCAAAAUAGCACCCUCGAUAUUAAAACCCAUAUCUGAAGUGGUGCCUUUCUUAGCAUCAACAUUACCUUCAUCGUUCAAAGGAGUUUGGAAAUUUUUGGUCAUGGCAAUGCAGAAUUUAACUUUGCCUCUAUUGUUGAAUCUUGCUUAUAGAAUUGGAGUGUUUUAUGCCGCAACAAAAAUUAUCCCAUCAUUAUACAAAUCCGUGUCUUAUCCACCCGUAGCUUUGAAAAAGAACCUUAAAUCAACAUCUCGUCAACCAUCAAGCUUGUCUCUUCACGAUAAGCAACAAGAACCCACCGAGCAAUCAUUAUCAUCGUCAUCAUCUUCUUCGUCAUUGUCGUUGUCAUCAUCUUCAGUAUACCACAAAAAUAGGAUUCCAUUGACAGCAAAAAAGUCGUUUCACCUCACCCCACUGCGCCAUCAACCUCCAUCCGCUAUAAUACGACUUAUUUAUGCUUACUCGCCUUGUUUAAUUAUAGCUGUGUAUACCCACUUGAUGUUGUCCUACACGGGAGAGUUGGGUACGCAGUUGACCAUAUGGCCACUAUGGGGAUCAUCAUCAUCAUCAUCCGCAUCUAAAAUUACAGUACAUCCAUGGAAGUUUUGGAACUGGGUGAAUAUGGUUACUACAUUACUUUUAUACGUUGCAGAGCUACUGAGUAACGAUAGUUCUUCAAGAGGCGGCAAUAGUCUCACCAGUCACUGGAAAGUAGAGUAA